CCGGCGUCGGCGGCCGCGGCCGGGGACGGUGUGAGAGCGGUAAGAUGGCGGCCGCAGCGGUGGUGGAGUUCCAGAGAGCCCAGUCUCUACUCAGCACCGACCGGGAGGCCUCCAUCGACAUCCUCCACUCCAUCGUGAAACGUGACAUUCAAGAAAAUGAUGAGGAGGCAGUCCAGGUCAAAGAGCAGAGCAUCCUUGAACUGGGUUCUCUCCUGGCGAAGACUGGACAAGCUGCUGAGCUUGGAGGACUCCUGAAGUAUGUACGGCCUUUCUUGAAUUCCAUCAGUAAAGCUAAAGCAGCUCGUCUGGUCCGGUCUCUUCUUGAUCUGUUUCUAGAUAUGGAAGCAGCCACAGGGCAGGAGGGCAUUUGAUACUUUGAGUCUGUUCCAUGCUUUGCUUUGUAAGUGGAGAUUGUCAGUGGUCCCUGGAAUCCUCAUUACAUCAGGGUCACAAACUGAUUCUUGUCUUUGAGGUCGAGCUAUGUUUAGAGUGCAUCGAAUGGGCCAAAUCAGAGAAAAGAACUUUCUUACGCCAAGCAUUGGAGGCAAGGCUGGUGUCUUUGUAUUUUGAUACCAAGAGGUACCAGGAAGCAUUGCAUUUGGGUUCUCAGCUGCUUCGGGAGUUGAAAAAGAUGGAUGAUAAAGCCCUUUUGGUGGAAGUACAGCUUUUAGAAAGCAAAACUUACCAUGCUCUGAGUAAUCUGCCGAAAGCCCGAGCUGCCUUAACCUCUGCUCGAACCACAGCAAAUGCCAUCUACUGCCCCCCUAAAUUGCAGGCCACCCUGGACAUGCAGUCAGGCAUUAUUCAUGCAGCAGAGGAGAAGGACUGGAAAACUGCAUACUCAUACUUCUAUGAGGCAUUCGAAGGCUACGACUCCAUUGAUAGCCCCAAGGCCAUCACAUCUCUGAAGUACAUGUUGCUGUGCAAAAUCAUGCUCAACACCCCAGAAGAUGUCCAGGCUUUGGUGAGCGGAAAGCUUGCACUUCGGUAUGCAGGGAGGCAGACAGAAGCAUUGAAAUGUGUGGCUCAAGCUAGCAAGAACAGAUCACUGGCAGAUUUUGAAAAGGCCCUGACAGACUACAGGGCAGAGCUCCGGGAUGACCCAAUCAUCAGCACACAUUUGGCCAAGCUGUACGAUAACUUACUGGAACAGAAUCUGAUCCGGGUCAUCGAGCCUUUUUCCCGAGUCCAGAUUGAACACAUAUCUAGCCUCAUCAAACUCUCCAAGGCCGACGUGGAAAGAAAAUUAUCACAGAUGAUUCUUGACAAGAAGUUUCAUGGGAUUUUGGACCAGGGGGAGGGUGUCCUGAUCAUUUUCGAUGAACCCCCAGUAGAUAAAACUUAUGAAGCUGCUCUGGAAACUAUUCAGAACAUGAGUAAAGUAGUGGACUCCCUCUACAGCAAAGCCAAGAAGCUGACAUAGAGUUGGAUCUGUAGCGGUCCUUUGGAGAGUGUGUGUGGCGGGAGAGUGAACCCUUGGGGAAAUGCUAGGAGAUUCUUUUCUUUCUGUUCCACUUUUCGCUCGGAAAGUUUUUAACCCUCAUUGGUGCAUCUGUAUCCAGCGAUAGGCGGCCAGUUCUCAUGUAAUCCGUACUGGCCAACACGGGAAUGGGGAAAUUGCUUAAAAAAAAAGAAAAAGAAAAAAAAAGAUUCUAAAUAAAAGGAAAAAGGCUUACACUACCUAAAGCUGUGCUCUCUGCCUCCUGGGAGAGGGCCGCAAAGCCAGGCACCCUGCCAACCACUGGGGAUCCUCACCCACCUGCUGGGCGCCACCUCUCCUCCUCUUCAGAAUUGGGUGUUUGCUGACCAUCAAAAGCAACGACUUUUUAUUCUGUUUGUACUGAACCAAAACAAACAACUAUGUAUAGACUGCUGUUUUCCUUUUCAUUUGAAAUGAGGCGUUUGGUGUUUUCCCCUGCCAUCUGGCCUGUCCACCCUUCCCUCUCUGACAUUGGCUCCAGCAAACUAGCUGAAGGGUCCGCUGUGCUGCCGCCGCAGUACAUGCUCGGCUCCGACCUGUGAAAAAACGGAAAGAAGUCCAGGAGCUAGUGUCCACCAUGGCCACACGGGGAGCAGUGAGGGCCCACAGCCCUCGGGGGCCUGCUGUGCAUGUGGCUUUUUUUAACACUGUAACUAGAUUAGACUCAGUGUUUUAACCAUCCCUCUCCACCCUCUUUGCUUUCCUCUCCUCUUUCCUCUCAGCCAUGUCCUUUCUCUUUUCCUCUAGAGGAGUUGAGCUGUCUAAACUCCAUCUGCUGCUUCCCUCUCCCACUCUUUCCUGCUGUCAGAUGGAUUUGGUUGGGUUCUUUUUUUUUUUUUUUUUUUCCUUUUUAAAUAGUGAACAUUAGGAAUGAGACUGGGGUGUUUUUUUUUUUUUAAUUAAAAAAUAUUAAUUUUCCUUGUUGCAUUUGAAGCACCCUCAUGUCUCCUUCCCAGUGUCUUUCUCUGCCUCUUGAAAGGGUGACAGACAGGGUGGCGCUGUUUUAGCAUGCUCUGUUUUUGGUGCAGUUACCUAGCAGCAGGCUUUGAUGCCUUGUGGGCAGGUAAGCGCCUGCACCUUUGCUGUGCCCACUGUGCUUUGUCCCUGUCCCCUCCCUCCCUCCCUCCCUCCCUCCCUCCCUCCCUCCCUCCCUCCGCCCAUCUCCCGCCUCCUUCCUGCUGGCCUCUUUCUCAUUCUUUAGAACCUUUCUCAGAUUAUCCUUCCAGGUUUUGGUAAUAAAUUUCUAUUUUGUAAAAGGAUUUUGUUGUACCAGGUUUUGCAUCUUCACUGAAUCUGACUGGCUUUUAUUUUCCUUUUCAAAAUCAGGUUUUUGUUCUCAACCCUCCUCUCUCCCCAUCAUGUCCAGUCCCUGUUUUGGUUUUGGCACCAUCAUUAUCAAAUGUACAAACGGUUCUUGCUGACCAACACCAGGUAUAUCUGAUGUUCAGAUGAGUUCCAAUAAAAUAAUUUUUUUUUUCAAAA